GUGAGCGAGUGAGUACCUAAAAGUAAGUCAAUAUCACUCGGGGUGAAGUCUGUUUAAGAGAGGCUGUGCAGGGGGAGGGGAGGAAGCCUCAGCCUGGAUCUCUGUCCUCUGGGAGGGCUGCAACCCCCCAAACCAACCACAUCAGGAGAGUCAGCCACCAUGUGCAGCCCCCGUCUGAGAUGGACAUCCAAAAGAAACACUUGAGUUCAUGACAUAAGACUCUCUCUUUGUUUUGUUUUCUUCUCGUUUGUGAGGGUAUUGUCCGAGGAGGCCAUUCAUUAAAUAGCCAUUACAUAAGCCACCCCCCACCCCCUCUCCCCAUUGCCUCUUUGUCUCAUGAUGUACAACACUACUCCUCAGAUGGACAAUGUCUCACUGGAAAACAGCCCCAACUGCACCAAGAACGAUGCCUUCAAAUACCCGCUGUACAGCACGAUCUUCAGCAUCGUCUUCGUCAUCGGACUCAUCACCAACGUCGUGGCUAUCUACAUAUUCACCUGCUCCCUCAAGCUGAGGAACGAGACCACCACCUACAUGAUUAACCUGGUGGUGUCCGACCUGCUGUUCGUCUUCACGCUCCCGUUGAGGGUCUUCUACUUCAUCAACCAGAACUGGCCCUUCGGAGGUCUGCUCUGCAAGGUGUCCGUCUCCCUCUUCUACACCAACAUGUACGGCAGCAUACUCUUUCUCACCUGCAUCAGCGUGGAUCGCUUCCUGGCCAUCGUGUAUCCUUUUCGCUCGAGGACAAUCAGGACCAAGCGCAACGCCAAAAUAGUGUGCGUCGCCGUGUGGCUGCUGGUGCUCUCAGGAAGCCUCCCAUCUGGAUUCUUGCUGAACAGCACCACGAAUGACAGCAAUGGAAACGCCACUUUCUGUUUUGAGAACUUCUCGUCCAAGCAGUGGAAGUCCCACCUGUCUAAAGUAGUGAUAUUUAUAGAGACGGUGGGCUUCCUCAUCCCUCUGCUACUCAACGUAUGUUGCUCCAUCAUGGUUCUACAGACGCUGCGUCGCCCCCAGGCCAUAAGUCGUGGAGGGGAGAUGAACAAAAAGAAGAUCCUGCGCAUGAUAGUUGUGCACCUUUUCAUUUUUUGCUUCUGCUUCAUCCCCUACAAUGUCAACUUGGUGUUUUACUCCCUGGUUCGCACCAACACGUUAAAGGGCUGCUUCGCAGAGUCCGUGGUCCGAACCAUCUAUCCAGUCGCUCUCUGCCUCGCUGUGUCCAACUGCUGCUUUGACCCAAUUGUGUAUUACUUCACCUCGGAGACCAUUCAGAACUCCAUAAAGAGACCUUCUCAGAUGGGCCGGUCGUAUGACGCCAAGUUCUCGGAGGCCUUGCAGUCAGAAACCCACUCCCCCAUUCAGUGGAGCCUGAGGAGCAUAAAAGCUAAAGUCUUCCACAAUGAGUCUUCAGUGUGACCCUCUGCCCAUCCGUCCAGACCUUCACGGGGCAGAGCCCCCCCCCCCCCUUCCCUGUGGAACACACAAUAAUAUUGGGAGUUACUCAAAAUGGACAACAAUCAGUGAACUACUGAGAGUUGAAGAUAUUGCCUUUUUUCUGUAUAGAUGUGGUAAGUUUUGGUGCUAACUUUAGAUAUAUCUAUUGUAUCUGUUUAUUAACUUAAGAAACAGAGGCAUGAAUGUACAGAGCUUUUGAAGGUCAGGCGGCAUUUGAACUUUGACUCAUUGAAUAUUAAAUGCACUGACAGUCAUCCUGCAGUCGUGUGAUGAAUAAAACCACAUGCUGACUCUAA